AUGAUCGCGGCCCAGGAGCUGGCGCUGCCAGAGGACGGCGAAAAGCAGAUGGCCCUCUUCCUGCGCAAGUCCCGCGCCCACCUGGCCCUCGGCCAAUCCGAGGCCUUCUGCUCGGAGCUGAUGCCCCUGGUGGAAGCCGCGCUUCAAAGGGAAGAGGCCAUCGCCGAGCUGGCGGCCAGCGGCGCCGCGGCGGCGGCCGGCGGCGGCGCCGCGGGAGAGGAUGGGGCGGAGGGCGGCGGCGCUGCGCUGCCUCAGAAGCUGCGGCGCGCGUUGGUUCGGCUUGGGAAGGACGGCGCCAGAAGAGAGGGGGCAGAGGAGGAGUCGGUGUUCAAGGGCUACAAAUCCAGGAACCGCCGGAAGCAUGACGUCAUCGCGGCAGACCAGGCGGCGGCCGCGCUGGUCACCACCCUGCAGCGCCGCGCCGCCGCGGCCGGCGGCGGCGGCGGCGGCUGCGAGGGGGACGGCGGCGGCGGGGGCGAGGGGGAGGGUGUGCUGCCAGGCGGGGCCGACCUUUUUGAGGACGACCAGUUUUUCGACUCGUUCGUGCAGCUCUGCCGGGCCCUGGCCUCAUCUGGACGCGGCCAGGCGGCGGCGGUGCUCGUCGCGCGCGCGGCCGCGAUGGCAAAGGCGGCGGCCGGCUCCGCCGCCAAGGUCGAGUACCGCGACAGGGCCGCGGUGAUGCGCGCCCUGGGCAGCAGCGGCGCCGCGCGGCGGCGGAGGGCGCAGCUGCGGCAGCUCGCGGCGGAGGUGGAGUGCGCCACCGGGGACGCGCGCUCCUCGGCGCACCACGUCCGCUCCCUCUGCAGCAGCGUGGGCGAGGAUCGCCAUGGUCCCGCUGGGCGCGGCUGCCCGCGUGCUGGGGAGCUGCAGGGGGCGGUGCAGGGGGCGGCGCGGGCCGGCGUGACCGGCGCGGGGGGCGAUGCGCCGGGGGGCGUCUCGGCAGGCGUGGGGGCUGGCGGCGGCGGCGGCGGCGGCGGCGCCCGCCCGCCCUGGGCGUACAGCUGGGCGGCGUGGGGCCUGUACUGCCGCGUGCUGUCGCGCCUCGGCGGCCUGCGCCGCUGGGGGCGCUUCGUGCGGGUGAUGAGGGCCAAGCACCCCGACAGCCUCGCGCUCGCGGUGCUGCAGGCCCACGCCCUGGAGCAGUCGGGCGACCACUCGGAGGCCAGCGGGGAGUACGCGGUGGCGCUCAGGUGGGGGCAGGGGCGGCAUGACGUCACCGUGACGUAA